CGGCGUGUCUGUGUAUCACUGUGUAUCUCGUGUGCUCAAUAACAUUAUGAGUGUGUCUUGUGUGUGUUUUCACAUAGCCCAGACUGCCUACAUCCAUCAUGCCAUGGUGCACUGGCAGAGAGCAGGACUCAGACAGCUUCACUAACACACGUGGAUACCACGUCAUCUCUAAAAGUGCUCCUGCAGCAGGUGCUCCAUGAAAUCUCUGAGUCACAUGCAGCCAACAUCAACCUGUGCCCGGGGGAUCGUGCAUCAGGCCCACAACUACCGUACCGCGUGUUGGCUAUAUCGCACACCAUGAAUUACACACAAGAAUGAACAACCUCAGCUUUAUUCACUAAAGUCAUCCAGCUCGAGUAAUAGGGGGAAGCCCCUCCGUGCAGACCGAGCUCCAAGCUCCUGACAGAAUGAUUCGUGCAGGGUUCCGCCCACGGGCCACGCUACCUCAGUGGAGCACUUCGCCAUUCUCCGAGGCCGGCGUCCCGACUGAGGCGUGACGUGGACGCUUCGCCCCAGCCAAUCAGAGCAGGGCUCGGCCUGAUUCUGACAGGAAAGUUGCAGCUAAGGAGCUCACUUUUUUCCUCCCACCUCGCCAGUCACUCUCAUUGACAUUUCCACACCGCCACGGAUGUAAAGCACGUUUGUUCUGUCGGAGAUCGGCGGGUGAGGCAAACGGGAGAAAGAAGACGCGAUUUUACAGGGACAGGAUAGCACUUGGAAUCUUGCUUGUCAACUGGGAUAUCCCCUCCGUCUCCUUCUCAUCUCCAGCGCCCUUUUGGAAACUAUUUUUUUUUUUUCACCCGACCCUCUCUCCUUCACUUCCACGAGAGAAGACCGGUCAUCAUCGUGGGUGUUUUUCCUCCCACAUUUUUUUUUCUUUCUCUGUGUGGGCAGUGGACAAACAGGCUGCAUAGUUUGGUUUUGACAGCGACAGGAUGCCUCAAAAAGGGAGGCAUUAAAUAGUGAAAACGGCAGAUGAUUGACUAAAUUGUAAUACAGUGGACAGUCAACUCUGUUUCCAGAGUACCACAAUCAAGCCACGUGGGAGUCUGGCGUAGCCUCGAUGAUGCAGAACAGUCACAGCGGCGUGAACCAGCUCGGCGGCGUGUUCGUGAACGGCAGACCGCUGCCAGACUCCACCAGGCAGAAAAUCGUCGAACUCGCCCACAGUGGUGCUCGACCCUGCGACAUCUCCCGGAUAUUACAGACCCAUGAUGAAGUCCAAGUGGUGGACAGUGAAAAGGUGUCCAACGGCUGCGUCAGCAAGAUCCUGGGUCGCUAUUAUGAGACUGGCUCCAUAAGACCUCGGGCCAUCGGUGGCAGCAAGCCCCGGGUCGCCACGCCGGAGGUGGUCGCCAAGAUCGCGCAGUACAAGCGGGAGUGUCCGUCGAUCUUCGCGUGGGAGAUCCGCGACCGGCUUUUAUCGGAGGGCAUCUGCACUAACGACAACAUACCAAGUGUGUCCUCGAUUAACCGAGUCCUGCGCAACCUGGCGAGUGAGAAGCAACAGAUGGGCGCAGAUGGCAUGUAUGACAAGCUGAGGAUGCUCAACGGUCAGACAGGAAGUUGGGGGACCCGGCCCGGCUGGUACCCCGGAACAUCAGUGCCGGGCCAGCCCAAUCAAGAUGGCUGCCAACCGCAAGACGGCGUAGGAGAAAACACAAACUCCAUCAGUUCUAACGGCGAGGACUCUGAGGAGACUCAAAUGCGUCUGCAGCUAAAAAGGAAGCUGCAAAGAAACCGCACCUCCUUCACGCAGGAGCAAAUUGAGGCGCUGGAGAAAGAAUUUGAAAGAACUCAUUAUCCAGAUGUGUUUGCAAGAGAGAGACUAGCAGCCAAAAUCGACCUUCCGGAAGCCAGAAUACAAGUGUGGUUCUCCAACAGGAGAGCGAAGUGGAGGCGGGAGGAGAAGCUUCGCAACCAGCGUCGACAGGCCAGCAACUCCUCAAGUCACAUUCCCAUCAGCAGUAGCUUCAGCACCAGCGUGUACCAGGCUAUCCCGCAGCCUACCACACCCGUUUCGUUCACUUCGGGGUCCAUGUUGGGCCGAGCAGACUCAGCCCUCACCAACACCUACAGUGCGCUGCCCCCAAUGCCCAGCUUCACCAUGGCCAACAACCUACCUAUGCAACCCAGCCAGACCUCCUCCUAUUCCUGCAUGCUGCCUACCAGUCCACCUGUGAACGGGCGCAGCUACGAAACAUACACGCCCCCGCAUAUGCAGGCACAUAUGAACAGCCAAUCAAUGACCGCUUCUGGUACCACCUCAACAGGACUUAUCUCUCCUGGAGUGUCUGUCCCAGUGCAAGUCCCAGGGAGUGAGCCUGACAUGUCUCAGUACUGGUCUAGACUACAAUAGAGAGAAGAGCUACUUCACUUUGUGAGCUACAUGGACUCUGAUGUGGACCUCCUCAUACACACACUACAUAAACACACAAACAUACACAAGAGGAGGAGGACUUGUGUAGCACCAGGCGCAUUCAAGCGAGGACCGAAUUUAAAAAAGACAAAUGGACCUCUGGAAAAGUGCCCGGUGUUACCUUUUUAUGGAACAAGAUUUUUUUUUUUUUUUACUAUUUCCAGUCAUUGUUUCCUAUUUUUCUUUCUGGUGUGUUAGUAAAUGGCCAUUUGUAUGUGAAUAUGAACGAUCAAGUGCUGAUAGAUGGACUGCUAGGAAACCAUGUUGUCGACACUCUGCCAUGACUAUCUUUUAAUGUGCUUACGUAUAUCCAGACGCUCUGUGCAUGGACGCUGUUGCAUAUCAUGAAUGGAGGGAAGACUCUUGGAAAAACUAUUUAUUAUCCCCACAAAGAAGAGGCUGCAGUCAAGCACACGCACGCACGCACACACACAGGAUGGCUAUCAAAAGCAAUCCAACUGGGACCUCCGCCACAAUCCCGCGAGGACCGACGUGGAAGCCUGUAGUCUGUAAAUGGUAGACUGCGUCUUUGCUCUAAUUUCUUUUGUUUCUUGUCCAAAUGUAAAGUACUUGUCUUCCCUCGAGAGAGAGAGAGAAAAAAAAUAAAUCUCCAAUAAAAGUUGAUUUCAUUUAAUAACCCCCUUUCCCACCCCCCACCAAGAAUAUUCUAUAAAUGUUCCAUGCAUCAAAAGUACAUUUCUUUAGGGUCAGGUACAAUUUGUCUCUUAGCUAUAGUUGUAUUAUAGUGUCCUAUGGUCAAAAAAUGUGUGCAACUAGAAAUAUUUAAUUCUUAUAAUUAUGAUUAAACAUUGCUUGACAGAGUUUUAAACUUAAGUGUUUGGCAGUUGUUUACAAGUACAUAUCAGAUUUAAUCAUUGUUGAUUGUAAAACAGACCAAAGCCUUUGUAUUUCAUCUAGUACACAGUUUUUGUUGUUUUUUUUAAGAUAUUAGUCGUGUGUUGCAACAUUUUGUAAACACGUCUUGGGUUUGACGACAUUGGCUUCGAGUUUGUACGACCGCGGCGGAGCCCUGCGGUUCUUAUUUAUAAUUGAAGACCAUGGGAGGGUUUGUUUUAUGUUUAUUUUCUUUGCAUCAUCUGUCAUGUUCUUUAACUUUUGUUCUAUUUUAUUUUUAUGUCGGUGUGUAUGUAGAACAUGGACACAUACGGGGUUUACGUCUGGGCAAAUGGAGAUAAAAACGUCGACACGCUGUCUCUUUAAAUAUUUCAAUUUAAUUUUAUUUAAAAUGGAGCUUUCUAAAUGUAUUUUGUGAAAACUAUAAAAACAUUUUGUACAGUAAAA